UGGUCUCUAUCUUCCCUUUUCAUUUGAAUUUUAAACUCAAAAGCAUUAAAGCAAUUGAUAAAAAUUAUUUCUUUACAAUUAACAACCAACUUUUAGCCUAUCUAUAAGACCCCAUCACUUUGUCCAAUUUAAUGUCCCUUGAAUCAUACAUAAGUAAGCUUCAUUUGGGUCUAUGCUUUUAGGAAAAACAAGAGAAAGAAGAAGAAAAAAAGACCAACUUUGAAAAACACACACAAAAGUUAUCAUUAUUAAGGUUGUUUCUAUCAAUUUGGGCGUCAUGUUUCUCAAGUACAAGCUUAGCUUCAUCUUCAUCCUCCUCCUCUCAACUUCAUUUUUAUCCACCAUUUGCAUUGCAGGUCGACCCUCUAAGUUGGUUCCUGAAGUUGUUGCUAAUGGUGGAGUUGUGCAUGAGGAUGCAAAGAGGAAGACAAGAGGUGAAAUGGAGGACAUCCAUGAAAGGCUUUUGAGGGUAAACACCAAAGACUAUGGAAGAUAUGAUCCAGCUCCAGCCUUUGUGAAGCCUCCUUUCAAGCUCAUCCCCAACUGAGAAAAACAAAAAUCAU